AUGAGAGCCGCGAUUCUUCUGCCAUUACUGCUCUGUUGGGCCCAGGGUGAGCGUGAUGGUACUCUGGAGAAAGGCAGAGCUCCAGCAGUGGAGGGGGACCUUCAGUUUGAGCUUCGUGGUGACAAAACAAGCUAUGAUGAAGACAGCCAACCGAUCGACGUCCAACUUGAUAUUUGGGCUGAGCUGAAGGAGCUCAGAGACAUGACCAUUAGAAUGAACGUUGAAAUAGAGAUGCUAAAGCAAGAGAACUCAGCGCUGAAAGCCAGAGUGACCUCCAGUGAGAUGGAGGUGGAGGAGAUCAAAAGAGAGAAUGCAGCUAGACCAAAGGUGGCGUUCUCAACCGCCCUCUCAACUGCUGGACCCAUUGGACCCUUUAAUACUGAUAUUACAGUGAAGUUCAGUAAAGUCUUUACUAACUUCGGCCAAGGCUACAACCCAGUUACAGGUAUCUUCACAGCCCCAGUCAGAGGAAUCUACUACAUCAGAUUUAAUGUGUUUCAGCCCAGACAAGAUCUCGGGGCUGGUUUUCAUUUGUAUCAUAAUAGUUGGAAAGUUAUGAGUGGUUAUGUGGCAAGUACUGGUAGGAGUGAAAGUGCAUCUAAUGCAGUUAUACUUCAUCUUGAACAGGGGGAUGUGGUUUUCAUUAAUCUUGUAAAAGGUUGCACUGCGUAUGACGAUGGCAAUAAUUACACCACUUUCAGUGGAUUUUUGGUUUUUCCCAAGUGA